CUCGUCACACGGCCUUCACGGCUCUUGCACAGCCUGCGCCUGCGCCCGCAUCACUACCCAGUAUCUAGAUGAGCGUGCUGUUGUACAUUUAAAUUACGCAUGUAAUGUUCAGUACUUAAUGCUGAAUUUAACUAGACGUUCACUUAGAUUUAUGUUAUAUUCAAUAAGAACACAACUAUGAUUAUAUAGUUUCGAUGCUUCACUUAUCUACGCAAAAUCACUAUUCUACAAAGUCAGGUAGUCGCGAACCAAGUAACGGUUAGGUACUUUUAAUUGUUAGGCUAAGAGCUCGCUUAAAAAUUUACUUCGAUUUUUCACUUCUAAAACUUUAACGCACACAGAUAAUGUGACAAAUUUUUCAUAGGUCGUUUUUGAGCAUUUGCAAAAUAAUUAAAAAACUAAAUAAACUGUCGAUGACAAAUGACAGUGUCAUUUUAAAAAUCAAGGUGCCAUAUGGUUUUCUGUCAUAUUCGAAAAUAUAAUUUUUUAUUAAAGAAGAUUCACAAGAUUUUUGUUGAUUCAAGUGUUUCGAGAAUUUAAUGCCAUGAGCCAUUCUAUGAGCAGUCCGAAAAACAUACAACUAGUAUUCGACACAUACCAAAAAGCUCGGCUAACUUUUGCCCAGGCUAUAGCAGAUUUGGCCACAAGAUCCACUAAUGUGAAGUGCCUUGAUAGUGCUGGAGUACUUGAGUUGCUACGCCCCCUGGUGUCGGACGCGUGCAGCACGGUGCGGCAGUGCGCGGUGGUUGCAGCCGCGCGGCUGGCUGAACACGAUGAGGCGGUGGCGCGACAGAUGCUGGACGGCGGCAUACUUACCACCACGCUGGAAAAUCUACAUAAAUUUAAUGUGUACUACAAACGAUCAGCUUUAUAUUUAAUAAGGGCGAUUGCAAAACAUAAUGAAGAACUAGCAUCUAUGAUAGUAAGAUUUGGAACUUUAGAACAUAUCGUAGCAUGUAUGGAAGACUUCGAUACACAGGUGAAAGAGAACGCGGCGUGGGCGUUGGGUUACAUAGGGAAACACAGCGAGUUGCUCGCGGGAAAAGUGGUUGACGCUGGCACUCUGCCCCUACUCGUGCUGGCCUUCCAAGAACCCGAAAUAAGUCUUAAACAGAUCACAGCAGGCGCUCUCGUGGAUCUUGCGAAGCACAAGCCCGAAGCCGUCGUUGAUGCGGGGUCCAUCUGUCACCUGGUACGAGGUCUUGAUAAUCAGGAUCCUAAAUUAAAGCGCAGCACGCUGUGCGCGCUGAGCGCGGUGGCGAGCGCGCGUGUGGAGCUGGCGGAGGCGACGGUGGCGGGCGGUGCGCUGCCGCCGGCGCUGCUGCACGCCGCACACCACGCUGCGCCCGUGCGCCGCGCCGCCGCCUGUUUGCUGCGCGACAUUGUGCGACACUCCAUCGAUUUGGCCCAACUGGUAGUGAACACGGGCGGAUGUGGGCCGCUGGUAGAGUUGCUGUCGGAGAACGGCGGAGGCGCGCGCGUGCCCGCCUGCAUGGCGCUUGGUUUCAUCGCCGGACAGUCCGACCAGCUCGCCAUGGCUGUUAUCGAAGCUAAGGCAAUUCCAGCUUUAGUGGAAAUUCUACAGAAUGAUGAGGCAGAAGAAGCAGAAGUUUGUGCUGCCUCAUGGACUCUGGGCCACAUUGCUAAACACUCCCCACAACAUAGUCUAGCAGUUGCUGUGGCGAAUGCCUUUCCAAGAUUAUUGCAGCUGUAUACAAACCCAAAGUCGUCAGGAGAGGUGCGUGCCAGAGCAUUAUGUUGUCUAAAGCAGGCAUUACAGUGCUGCCUGCACAGACCAGCACUGGAGCCUCUACUGCAUGCAGCACCUGCUUGUGUCCUCAAAUAUGUAUUGGCACAGUAUGCUAAGAUAUUACCCAAUGAUGCAAGAGCCCGGAGGUUAUUUGUAUCAACUGGUGCAUUAAAAAGAAUACAGGAAAUCGAUACUGUACCCGGCACAUCUCUUAAGGAGUAUAUCAAUAUUAUAAACAGUUGUUUCCCCGAAGAAAUCGUGAGGUAUUAUUCACCUGGGUAUUCUGAAACAUUGCUUGAUAGAGUAGAAGCCUAUACACCACAGAUUCCUGAAUUAUUUACGGAUCGAGUACCAAGUGAUUGUCAAAGUGAAUUAACCUUAGAAAAUUAAUGAAAACUUUUAAGUUUUCCCUUUACGUAUAAUAAAUUUUUGAAGUGUUUAUUAUUCA